GUUCAGCUCCGGCUUUGCCCGUGGUCCCCAGGCCACAGCUCAGGCUCCGGCUCUGAUCCAGGACACAGACCAGAGGAUGGAUUUCUAUCACUUCGCUUUACUCUGCGGGGCUCUUGUGUGCGUUUGGGAAAUCCCCUGUUGUCAGGCUCUCGCUAUCUUCCCUCCAGCUGCUCCGAAGAGCAGCAAGGUGGCGAAGAUUUUUGACGGACAAGAAGCGUCAAAAUACUUCAAGGAGUUUUACGCGCCACCAUCCAGCGACAGGAACAAUAAAGCAUCGCCUAAAGACUUCAUUGAGCCUCAUGACUACAUGCUGUCCAUAUACAAGACCUUCUCCACGGCGGAGAAACUGGGACUCAAUGCCAGUUUUUUUCGCUCCUCAAAAGCUGCAAACACUAUUGCAAGUUUUGUGGACAGCGGACAAGAUGACCUCCCACUCUCCCCUCUGAGGAGACAGCAGUAUCUGUUCGACGUCUCAACCCUCUCCGAAAAAGCAGAGGUGCUGGGAGCCGAGCUCAGGAUAUACACCAAAGUGUCUGGGAAUUUCAGGAUAUCUGAGACAGAGCCCGUCGACAUCCAGCUCCUCUCCUGCUACGACCAGCAGCUGCUCGACUCCAAAACUCUGGACCUGCAGGAUUCCCACAGGCCGAAGUGGGAGGUGUUGGACGUGUGGGAAAUUUUCAAAGAGCGGCAGCACCUGAACCAGGGGAAGCCCUUCUGCCUAGAGCUCAGGGCCAUGCUGGACAACCCCGAGAGGGAGCUGGACCUGCACCUCCUGGGUCUGCACAGACAUGGCAGACCUCAACAGAAGAAGGCCAUCUUAGUGGUCUUCACCAGGUCCAAGAAGAGGCAGACUCUCUUCAGUGAGAGGAGAGAAGGGAGGGCAUUGCUUGGCCUUGAGAGGAAGGCCAAAGAGAGGCAACCCGGCAUCAAAGCCAUCAGGAGAAGGAGGACGGCUGCGUCCAAAACCCGCCAUGGGAAAAGACACGGCAAAAAGUCCAAAUCCAGGUGCAGCAAGAAGCCGCUGCAUGUCAACUUCAGAGACCUGGGCUGGGACGACUGGAUCAUCGCCCCACUGGACUAUGAGGCGUACCACUGCGAGGGUGUGUGUGAUUUCCCCCUGCGUUCCCACCUGGAGCCCACCAACCACGCCAUCAUCCAAACUCUGAUGAAUUCAAUGAACCCCAGCAACAUGCCGCCCAGCUGCUGUGCCCCCUCCAAACUCAGCCCCAUCAGCAUCCUCUACAUCGACUCAGGAAACAAUGUGGUCUAUAAACAGUACGAGGACAUGGUGGUGGAGUCUUGUGGCUGUAGGUAGUAGAGCUGACAGGUGUGGAGCUUUACCUUGACCUCCCUCUUGUUCGUCAGGCUCCUCAUGGUGGUGGCAACGCUGCACCUGAAAUAAGCAGAACUUAGUUGGUUUUUUAGCGAGAUGGAGACUUAAAAAAAAAAAAACGUGUUGCAUUUGAAAACCAUGCGCCCAACACAGUCAUGCUUAAUACCUCAAACAUUUGUUCUCUUGCUUUUUUGUAUGUUCCUGUCUUGAGGAAGAACAUCUGGUCGCCUUAAACUAUGCAGUGCCCGCAAAUUCAUCAAUACACAGUUUGUAUGAUGUAAGAUAAACAUCUUAAAAAUGUACAAGGAAUAGUUCACACAUAUUCGCUUUCUUGCCCAGAGUGAGUGGGACUUUCCCAAAGUGUUUAGAUAUUUCUAUAGUAAGACACGUGUAGUAUCCCUUAUUUGAGGAAAAGUAAUCUGCUCUUAAGGAAUUACUGUCAGUGCAAAAGUUAAAACAAUAUGUGCCUCUUUUUUAAAAUCCUUUCUAUCCACUGUUCUGCUCAUGGGACACUAUUACUGUGUUAAACUUCUGUUAGUGUUAUGAAAAAAAUACACGAAUAAGAGGAUUGAUGAAUUAGACUGCAGCCGUACUAGUUGUUGUGGUUAUUUUUAAAGGAAUGCCCAAUAGGAAAAAUAUAUCCAGGCACAAUUUAUGGCAGAAUACACUAAUACACUAAAUCAAUGUAACUAAGACCUUAAAUAUACAGCGUUUCCCAUCUACAAAGCAGACUGGCAGUUUGAGUGUGAUAAAUAAGGAUCUAACCAUCAAAAAUUAGUCUGUUUGUUUUAAUGUAUAACAUUCAGUGACUAAGCCAAACUGACUGAUAACAGUUUAAGCAGCGUAUUUCUUGUGUAAACUAUAUGAUAGACUUCAGAUAAACAGUUUUUUUUCCCCCCAUAAUGGACGUCUUGAGUGAUAUUUCUGCCAGGAUUGAAAAGUGGAUUUUCAGCACCUGACGUGGCCUGUGUCUCAGGGAACGUCCUGCAGCGAAUGUGAAGUCCAGUUUCUGAUAAAGCCACCAUCAGAACAUUUCCACCAAAACCACAGCAGGGUUUCUCACCAGUUUACUUAUCAUUUUUUAUUGAGGAGAUACAUGAUUUUGUCUGUAAUGCACUGAUGUUCAAAGGUACCAUGUGUAAAUAUUUGAUAUGGAAAUAAUAAUUUAUGUUCUAUGAAUAAGUUAUUGCAUUUUUAUUGUCUGCUUUGUUCCGUUACAACUUCCAGAUGGCAUGAGUCACACAUCUGGAUGUUCAGGUUCAAAUAAACACAUAUGGGUAAUGUUUUGGUAACGAAACGUGACAGCUAUGUUCUGCUCACAGACUGUGAAAUAUUAGAGUAUUAUCCAUGUUUUUGAUGUACAUAUAAAUAGGUAAUAAUUAAUCACCAAAGAAAAAAAACAUUGCCUUUGGUGAACCCUUUUUUUUAGGCUAUGCUGUUGUUUAAAAAUUAGUAGCACAUUUUAUCCCCUUUUUUUUUGGUUUAUGUUUUGCAUU